GGGGGGAGCAGGAGGUGGCGGCGGCGAGGAGGAGGAGGGCGAGGGCGGCACGGAGCCACGGCCGCGCUCCCCUGCCAGGGACCCUGCGUGCUGUGGCGGCGGCCGGCGCGGAGCCAGACCCCCGGGGCGCGCGGUGCGGGCGGGCUGACGGCCACUCGCCGCCGCUUCGGGCUCUCGCAGAAGCAGGAGCCGCGCCGUCCCCGCCGCCUUUGGGACUCCCUCCCCGUGCAGAGCGGGGGAGAAUGACGGAGCUCCAGUCCGCCUUGCUACUGCGGAGACAACUAGCAGAGCUCAACAAAAAUCCAGUGGAAGGCUUUUCAGCGGGCUUAAUAGAUGACAAUGAUCUUUAUCGAUGGGAAGUCCUUAUUAUUGGUCCUCCAGAUACACUAUAUGAAGGUGGUGUUUUCAAGGCUCAUCUUACUUUUCCAAAAGACUAUCCACUGAGGCCGCCAAAAAUGAAAUUCAUCACAGAAAUCUGGCAUCCAAAUGUUGACAAGAAUGGUGAUGUCUGCAUUUCAAUUCUUCAUGAGCCUGGGGAAGACAAAUAUGGCUAUGAAAAACCUGAGGAACGCUGGCUUCCCAUUCACACAGUGGAAACUAUAAUGAUUAGUGUUAUUUCUAUGCUGGCAGAUCCCAAUGGUGAUUCUCCUGCUAAUGUUGAUGCAGCGAAAGAAUGGAGAGAAGACAGAAAUGGAGAAUUUAAAAGAAAAGUUGCCCGCUGUGUAAGAAAAAGCCAAGAAACUGCUUUUGAGUGACACUUAUUCCGCAGCUAGUAGCUUCACUUUUUUCAGGGUCUCCAAUUGAGAAACAUGGCACUGUUUUUUUUCCUGCACUCUACCCACCUAUUGCUGGACUUCUGUUGUUACAAGUUGGCAAACACUGGCUGGAACUGGGCUGCAAUAAAACAUGCCAGUUAUCAAUGCUGACAAGAGCCUAACAAGUGCCAACACAAGAUGAUUACGCAUUUUGAAAUCUAAUGAACUGCUUUAACCUUCAGGAAGAAUUGUAAAGAUGUGUACAUAGCACAACAUGAUCCGGAUAAUAUAUAUACUGUUCAUGUACAUCCACAAAUACACAUUGUACCAAAUAAUACUGUCUGUAGGUAGGAAUAGAACUGUGUAAAUUCUAAAGAUUUUAGCAGGUUUUUCUCUCCCUGUUCAUUGUUUCCUGUCAGGUUGAAAACAAACCAACAAACCAACAACAACUUGUGAAGCAUGUUUAAACUAAAACCAAUUAGGAUAAAGAUUUUUUUUGGCUUUUUCCCCCCUCCCCCCCACACUUUACUUUUCCUUUGACCCACUGAGACUUUAAUUAAAAUCUCUUGCUUAUUGAAGUUUAGUAUCUCUCUUUUGGUUUUUGGAAAUGUGCUCCCUUUUCUUUCCCUCAUCAGGACUUUAAAAUUUUCCUAAUUAAACCCUGAAAGGAUUUGCUAUCAAUUACUUGUGUCUUCUUUUAUGAUGACCUUUGUAGUCUCAAAGGUGCUUUUUCCCUUCCCACACCUUUUUUAAACCCAAUUGCACAUACUUCUCGUACUGGGGUAUAGCAAUAAAACUGGCCAUGGAGCACCCUUGAGCAGCCUGCUGGAUUUUUAACUUCCAAGGGACUUGAGCACUUUCAUUUGGAAGUUCCGUUGACUAAGUUAGUCCUAAAUAGAAAUGAGCUGCUUUUUAUGGGGUGAAUUUUUGUUUUGCCUUUUUCAUUGCCUGUUUGUGGAGCGGGGUGUGGUGCUGGGGGAGGGGGCUUGUUUUUUCUCAAGGUUGAGUUCAAGCAUGCACAUCUGUAGGCUUUCAAAUGACUGACUCCUGGGUUUGGUAUCAAAAUAGUUCCCCUCCUUUUCUCUCUUCUAUGGCCCUUCAUAUUCUUUGCCUUCGACUUCAGAGUUUCCUCACCUAAUGUACAAAGAAAAUUGCGAUGUAUAUUUUCAUGUAAUUUGAUUUUUGGAAUUCUGUCACCUUCUGUAGUGAGUUCUUCCAAAAUAUAAUUUUUUCCAAUAAUAA